UGAGCCUGACCACAUGGAUCACCUUCAAGAACAGCCUGAAGUUAUUGGUCCACCAGAGUCUAAUAGAGAGCCUAGCUUAAGAGAAGGCCUGUGUGAAGACAGCAUUGAUGGGGAUAACAGCUGUACUCUCAUCAUCCAUGAGGAGGAGACGGUUGAGGGCCUCUCCAGCUCACACUUCCAAAAGGAUGGAGAUUCACAAGAGAACAUGAAUUGCAUUUUAGAGGAUAGAACUAAUAGGAUAUUGAAUGCUCAUGAAGAUGCACAGAGUUCAGAUGCAGUUGAUAUUCCCUUUGGAUAUUGUUCAGUGCUCAAGGAUAAAAAAAUGGAAAUCUUUGGCCUGCAGGACCAGACCAGUUUGUGCAAUAGCAGCGCCUUACAGUUACAGAAAAAGGAAAGUAAGGGGAACUAUGUAGCUGAACAGCAAAAUGAGUUUGAGGAUGAUGAUGAAAGCGAUGAUGACUCCAGUUCUGUCACUUCCAGUAGCUCCUCAUCAUCUUCCUCCUCGUCUAGCUCUUCAUCAAGUAGUGAUGAUGAUGACAGGAUAAGUUUCAAACAGAGAGUGGAAAGAGCUGCCCAGGCUGCCAGAGACCAAGCUGCACGGGAAGCAGAGGCAUCAGCAGCUGCUCUAAUGUCUGCUCUGACAAAUGAUCAUGUGCCAGACCAGAGCACAGACAUGCAAAUCAAGGAGCAGUUGACUGAACCACCAAUACAACCUCAAGAGUUACCAGGUCAGACCAAGCCAGAUAAUACACCAAUAAUAGAGCACAUGGAUUCAGACUCGGCAAGAUCUUCUCCCUCAGAAGACAUGGUCCAGCACAACGAAGACACAGUAGCUGCCACGGCUACAAGCUCAGUUUCCCAUGUGUAUGUAGAUCCCCCAGCAGGCUCCCUCCCUCUGACACACCACCUCUCUUGUCAUGAACCCCCUGACAUGUCACACAGUGGACGUGAUCCAGCUGAUCUCCAGGCAGCACAAGGUCUGGCAGACUUGCAGAGGGGCCAGAGCCUGAGCCUGAGCAACAACCCUUCAGGCUCUGCAUCCAGCUCCAUGACUUUUAUGGUCAAUGAACUACAAGAGAUCCCUCUUGAAAUCAGACGAUCUGUGAGUGGCAAGGGUCUCGAAUGUGUUGUAUGCGGGAAGGUGUUUAACCGCAAGUUGAAGUUAAAGCAGCAUCACCGAACACACACUGGGGAGAGACCCUGGGGAUGCACCACCUGCGGAAAGUCUUUCAGCACUUCAGCUUAUCUGCAGAAGCAUCGCUUGACUUGUCACACUCCAGCACACCAAAGACAGUUUUCUUGUUAUGUGUGCCAUAAGGGCUUUGGACUAAGAAGUGCACUACAGACACACCUUGCAACACAUGCGACAAACAAGCCAUUCACCUGUGAUAUUUGUGGGCAGACAUUUGCUCUCAAGCACACAAGAGAUACUCACAAGGCACAACACACAGGGAAUCGUCCAUGGGUGUGCAGUGUUUGUGGUCGCUCAUAUGUCACAAAGUAUAAACUAAGAGCACACAUGAAGUCACACACAGGGGAAUUGGUGUGCUCUGUUUGUGGACGACAGUUCACCUCUCAGGACUCCCUAGGACGUCACCAGAGACUUCAUGAGGGUUCUGGAAAGAACUCUGUGCUUCCUACUUGCCAUAUUUGCAACAAGAAGUGUGCUACACCAAGUCUUCUUAAAAGACAUGUUGCAAGUCAUGAGAGGCAUAACUUCAAAUGUUCCAUAUGUGGACAAGACUUUGCCAACCAUCAACAGCUGACUGCUCACCAGAAUAAACACCAUCAGUCAGCUGUUCCUGCUCUCCACAGAUGUCACUUAUGCAACAAGUCCUUUGUUAAAGAAGCAGACCUAAAUCGCCACAUAACGACUCACAGCAGUCCAGCCUUCCACCAGCAGAAUACUACUCAGUCUCUUCCAGCAACACAGAUAAAAAAUUGUGAGAGUGAGGCAACCAACAGUCGCAUCAGUCAGGGCAUGGGAGCUCUAAGACAGUCUAAUGCAGCAUGCUUUUUGGCAGGAAAGAAAUCUGACCUCUUCCCCCAAACUCAGACCCCCACACAAAUGAAUAAUAGUCUUCCUCAGGCUCCUUGUGGGAACAACAGCUACCUCGGAGGGUUGUCACAGACUCCUCAGCAGCAGCACUCCCACCACCUUCAGAGUGCACAGCUACAUCCAGUAACAGUCAACCAAACUUCACAGCAGCAGCAGUUGAUGGCCAACACCAGUACCAACACCCAAGCAUCGACUCUUCAAGCUCCAGUCUUCUUGGCUAGUGUGUCAUAUGAUCCAGAAAUUCUGGGUGCUAGUUUGCAAGAGACAGCUUAUCAGCAGCCACAAGGCCAGGAGUAAAUGUUGGAAAGAAAACAUUUAUUCUUUAAGUAUAAUCAACUUCCUGAAGACUGUGAUUCUUACUACCAGUUUGGAAUUUAUCUGUAUAUUAAAAAAUCAUGGGAAUGCUGCUUUUUCACCUCUUAAAUUAUGUACACAAAUUCAGAAAUCUUUAUAUGUAAAUAAAAUAUUUAAAACA